ACCUACAUACAUGCCCUACCCUGCCCUACAUAAUAAUCUCCUCCCCCCUAACUAAAUUGACAUCAUCUAGCUCCACUAUACCCAGGGUUCUCGCCCAACCGCCGAUCGCCCCCGAUACCUAGACCCUUCUGUCGGCAGAGCCUAACCAGGUCAACGUGUUCGUCGGAACUUUACAAACCCACAAUUAUUUGCGAUCGCAUUCCCUGGGCCAUUUUAAAAAAUCCCAUCCCUCACUCGUAAAAGGAGAAAAUCGAAACAAGCGAGCAAACAAGGAAAGAAAGAAAGAAGAACGGAUCUUCAAAGUAAAGAAAAAAUUCACCACCCAACUAUCAUCCAUCACCAAUCACCACGAACAAUUGAUCUGCCAUGUGCUCAGCUCGGGAGCACCACCCGGCCUUUAAGGCGAGCUUCGCCGAAAGGGCCAGGAAUACCUCUCAUCCGUUAGCCAAUUACCUUCUCCGGCUCAUGGACCUGAAGAAGUCGAAUUUGUGCUUAAGUGCCGACGUUACCUCUGCCCGCGAACUCGUUACUUUGGCCGACAGGAUGGGACCAUCCAUCGUUGUUCUCAAGACACACCACGAUCUUGUCGCCGGAUGGGAUUUUCAUCCACAGACUGGCACCGGUGCCAAGUUGGGAGUCCUCGCACGGAAGCACGGUUUCCUCAUAUUCGAAGACAGAAAAUUUGGUGAUAUUGGAAGUACAGUCCAACUUCAGUACACCGCCGGCAGCGCUCGUAUUAUUGACUGGGCACACAUUGUAAAUGUCAACAUGGUACCUGGCAAGGCAGCGGUAAGCGCACUCCACGAGUCAGCCAAACGAUGGCGUUCCCGCGUCAACUACGAAGUGAAAACGUCGGUCUCGGUCGGCACUCCCACUUCAGACUCAUUCGAUGAAAAUGGCGAGGAAUCAGACGAGGGCCCCUUCUCCAACUCCUCGCUUGCCCCGAGAGAUCGACCUUCGUCGUCAGGUUUCCGCCCCGAUUACAACGGUAGAAAAGGUAGCAUCGUCUCCAUCACCACCCUCACGCAAUCUUUCGAACCUGUCGACUCGCCUCGCUUUUCCGGUACCAUAAACGAAGGCGACGAGCUCUUGUACGCUGGCAUCGAGGAGCCUCCAUGGGACAGGGGGCUGCUGAUCUUGGCGCAGAUGUCGAGCGAGGGAAAUUUCAUGACCAAGGAAUAUACGGACGCCUGUGUCGAGGCGGCCAGAGAGCACAAGGACUUCGUGAUGGGCUUCAUAUCUCAGGAAUCGCUCAACAGUCAACCCGACGAUAGCUUCAUCUCGAUGACACCGGGCUGCCAAUUGCCCCCUGAUGGAGAGGGCGAGGAGGAUGGCGAAGUGGAGGGUGACGGCCUUGGCCAGCAGUAUAACACGCCUGCGAAACUGGUGGGGCUAUGCGGUAGCGAUAUCAUCAUUGUUGGACGAGGCAUUCUCAAGGCAGCAUCACCGCCGGUGGAAGCAGAGAGAUAUCGUAGGAAAGCGUGGAAAGCAUACCUCCAACGGACAGGGCAAGAAAUAUGAAGAGGGUCUCUCCUACUACUACUAUACAGGCGUAUUACACCAAGCGGAUCUACAACAUCAAACACGGAUGACCAUUUCAUCCCGGAGCCUGGAGUUCUUUUUGGCUUUGUAGUAAGAUAGUCGUGACUAUGUGAUUAGGGAACUUCUGGCCAGCAAUAC